GAGCCACCCGGGUGCCCCAUCAGCAACUUUUAAAGUGAAAAUGGAUUUUUUUUUUCCUGUGAAUGCGUGAUGGUGCUAGAAUGGUACUAGAAUUUGCUGUCCCCGCCUUGGCACGGGCCAAGGUUCCAGCAGCUUUAUCCACUGUGGCUUUUGGACCAUGGGUACAAAUGUCUGCGCCGCGAGAAGGGUAAACAAUGCUUUAGUAUAGUGGAAAGAGUUUUGACCUCACAGGUCCCCUGAAGGAUCUCAGGACCCUAGGGUUCCAUGGAAUGUAUUUUGAGAACCACUGGUCUGGCUGCACCGGGCUCUUCCUCUGCCCACGUGCUUGCUGGAGGUUGACUCAUCUGAAAUUACUGAAGUUUGAACAUGUUUCCCCCCAAUAAAAAUGACAAAUUCGUACAGUUCAAACAGAUUAUUUCAUCUUUGCACAUCUUGUUCCACAUCCCUGGGGUCUCUUCCCAUCUGUUGAAAUUCUCCUCCUUCGAGGUGUGGCUCAGACUUCCAAGUCUGACACUCACUUUCUCCCCUGAAGUGCACAUCACAGUCUCCCUUCGGCCAAGAUCUGUCUCGUCUGCUCAUUGGCAAGUGUCCUGAUGGCAGAGGACCAGCCACGUUUGUCUUGGUCCCAAAGGGGUCUGGCAGUGCUCUGACCCCCCUGGACAGAGGUGGAGGCGAGCUCAAGCUUCAGGGAGGGAGCCUCGGGCUGUGGAAUUGGGUGGCUGUGAUACCCACCCAGGGAGAAGGUUCUGGGGGCCCACUUCACACAUGGCGGCCUGAUUUCCAGGAGGAAGCCAAUACUGUCAAGUCUGGACUCUUCUAUCAGGAGGAGUCCCUGGGGCAUUUAUCCCAGAAACCCAGCCAUCAAGCAAUAAGGCAGGUCCAGCCCUGUGGGAGGCCCCGUGCCGCUGCUCCAGCCAGCAGCCCCCCUGAGGACCCCACCCUGAGCCCCAGGUUCCUGCAGCCCGGCUACCGUCAGAUGUAGUGUUGGAAUUAAAGGCCAACACAGCCUGUGGCUGUCUAUACCGCUGGAGACUUACUGGGUGGGGAAGCCCUCUUGGUUGGUGUCAGAAGAGCCAAGAACCGAGGGACAGUCUUCCCAGAGUCACCUCGGUCGCCCACGCCUUCCUGGGGGGACGGACACUUGCUGCUGCUUCCGGGCUGCGGGAAUGGGCCGCAGCGAACGGGCCUCCAUUUCACGGCAGUCCGAAGUGGUCAAGUCGUUUGUCCUUUUCCUUCCUUUUGUCCUCCUGGACAUCAUUCUCCUUUCUGGGGAAUAAACGAAUAGCUCCUGCACGUCUGUGUUUAAGACAUGCUGUGGCCCGGACCUCGUGGAAGGGUUCCCGUGCCCAGGAGCCUCUCCCCGAGGCUCAGGCCCGGAGCUCCACAUAUGGUGUAACAGACGGCCAGUUUGUGUAUUUCCUUUGUCCCUGGAGAUGCUGAAGAGUUUUCAAAUCUAAAUUUCCAGGUGUAAGAGUCUUUUUGUAUUCAGAUUUUGUUUUUUAAGACCCAGUUUUAUUACAGGGAAUGAAACAGUGCUGCUGGUGCGGUCUCUGUUUCUUGGGAAUGGUUCAGCCUGCAGCCCUGAUUGCCCCCCAGCCCGGCCCCCACACGCCUCGUCCACAGCCUGGUCCUUCCUUAGGGCUGACACACUUUCUGGCCUGGAGUCCAAAGGGAGGGCCUCACAUGCCUCAUAUUUGUAGAAAGAAGUGGCUUGUUCGUCCGUUCCCUCCUUCUCUGUGGCCUCGGGCCUUCCCUCCGUGUGCCGCACCUGCUGGAGAGAAUGGCCAGGCCGUCUCCUUCCUGAGCUUCUAUUCCGGUGGGUCUCAGCCCCUUCUCUUCCUCUCUGACACCCCACAAGCACCGUUUGUUCUGACUAUGUCCCCAGGGGUGGUUCCUGACCCAGCAGGGAGGACCGUGGCUGGCAGGGAUCAGGGCCAAUGCCUGUGGGCUGCAGAGCCCCAGGGACAGCUCAGGGACCAGCCCUAUCUCCCACCCCAGGGCUGGACCACAGGGAGAGAGCUCUGGGCAUGGGGCCCGGUGGGGAGGGUCCCCAGGUGUGGAUUCUCUACCCCAAUCACAUUAUAUAAGGAAGCAAUCCGAAAACAAAACAAAAGAAAAAACUUGAGCCAUACAUUUCAUUUAAAGCCAUCCCGGACGGAGGCUGGGCAGUUCAAACACUGAUCCUCUCCUAAGGGAAGCGCCUUCAUUCUGGAUGUCAAAUUACUUUUCCAAAUAGUUUCCGAAGGACACUGAGCUCCAUGCAAACGAGCAAGCGCACAAAGACAGAGGGGCCACGAACGAGACCCAGCAGGGCCGGCAGACGGCGGACGGGCCCACGAAGCCCAGCUCCCAGUCACACCGUGUCCCCAACACAGACGGCAAAGCAUUACCAAUGGUGCCGGAGAAGUAAGACACAAGCUUGAAAACGUCUGCGUGGGCCGAGGCUGACUUCUGGCACUGGGACUGGCGAGGGGCCUUUGGGGCCUCUUGGGGAACAGAGACACCAGACGAUGGGUUUCUCAGCAUCACGAAAAAACCCCAUUCUAACAGUUUCCCCUCCCGGAGCCUCCUGUGUGAUGCCAAGUGCGUUCCUGGCUCUCUGUCUCGUUCACAGCAGCCCACUGGGGUGGCCAAGCUUCCAGAAAUGCUUUAGGACCAGUCCUGGGCGCCCUCACCAGGACACUGGUCCCAUGGCGUCCCGAGAGGGUGCUCCCACGUCACUGAACGCCUCUUACCCUCUGGACACUCUGCCCCGGGUCCCUUCCCACUGGCUCCCCCCAGUCCCUGGGGUGGGCAAUACUUCCCAGACAUGGCAGCUCCUUCCCCAUAUAACCUAGUCCCCUGGGGGCAGAGACUGUGCGUCCCCGCUUGGGUGUGCCUGGUCCUGACCCAGGUUGUUGGUCUGAAGGCAUGAGGGCUGGUGAGGCGGGGGCGGACCCCCCAUGUGGGGGGAGGCUUCUCCCACUCCCAAGGCUGCCCUCAAGAAGAGGUCAAGGAGAGUCUGCUGGUGAGCAGCCUGGUUUCCCUGGAACGUUCCACAUGGGAACGCCGAGGGCUCUGACGGGAUGACCCUGGCUGCCGACGGGGCACCCACUCAGCACCCACUCAGCACUCAGCAGUACUUUGAAUGGCUGCUGGACAUCAAGCUACGAUCUGAUCUCAUGCGUGGCAGAGCUGAAAAUGUGACAGGCCUCCUCUAGCCAAGACGGGGCUCUGACAGGAGCAGAGCGGCUUUCAGACACGGAUGGCGAUGUUGGGAGGGUCGAGGCUGAGAAUCUUCGAGACCACAUUCCUGUGAGCCCUCUGAGUCAGCAGGAGCAAGGCUCCCCCUUCCCCCGAGAGUCUGCAGAGCCUUCCCCCGAGGCAGGGGUCUUGCAAGAUGUCACCGAUCUCUCUCCAGCUCUGUCCCUGCCAGGCCUCAGUGGGUCGCAGCUGAUAAACAUGGGCAGGACACAGAAGGCAGCGUGCGUCCCCCAAACCAUGGCCAAGAACGCUCCGCGGCGCUCACGCCGGACAACCGAACAGCCAGCCCCAGCGCGGUGGACAGAAGUCGGCCACUCUCCCACACGGGGACAUGAUCCAGCAAACAGAAGGAAGGAGCCACACCCGCUCGGCAGCACAUUCUCGGACAACCCAGCACGGAGGGUCCUGCCGCAGGCGUCCCUGUGGACGACGGCCGGAGACAGCUGACAGUCGUUCUGCUGUGAAGAAACCGAGCUGCUUCCCUGUGGGGACGACGGGGAGGGGAGACAAUGGAGGCUUCUGCGGGAGCGACUCGGGGAGGCUCACGCCGUGCCCAUGUUCGCGGCUGCCCACCCACGUCCUGGGCCUGGUUCUACAAGUACGAUACACUUCACUUUAGAAUUUUGCUCACACGUGCUCGCAGACGGGUCCGUGUAGAAACGGCCCAUCCCUGGAUGCCGUCAGGGGCAAGGGUCUGACCCUGAUCUGGCUUGGACAUCUGCUUUGACCCUGGUCGCCUGCGGCACCGCCGAGGGGCAGCGACCCCCUGACAGCGAGAUCUGCUGAGUGCGCGCUGCUGGCAACAGGGAAGUGACGGCAAAGACACAGCAGCGCCUGGGCUUCUCGGGCUGAAAAUGCCCACGAGCCCUGCCUUCCCUCCUGGGCUCAGCUGCCCCUCAACACCUAACAAUCCACCUGGCUCUGCUUCCGGAGCCAACGGCUGGCAAACAAGCCCUCCUCAUCCCCAGUCCCCCCCACCCCAGUCCUCACUUAGCCGUCGUCCUGCCAGGCACAGCACACGGACAUGUCCUUCCUGCGCUCUGCCCACCAGGAAGAGAAGGGCGCAGAGAGACGUGCCCUCGAUUCCCGCCAAGAGGAGACAAAGGUCAAGGACAGUCUGGCACAUUCAGGGCAUCAGCAGCCCCAAAGGAGUCAGCGGAGCCGCCUGUGUGGGGCCCGGGUGGCUCCAAUCAAGAUUUGGCCAAGGCAGCCAUUCCUAACAGGAAGAGGUUCAUUUCAGCUGCGGCCACAGCAAAACGUUCCUUGGAAACCACUAGAUGCGGAAUCCGUCAAAUGACAUUAGAGGACUCACACUAUCAAGGACAGUGAACGCAGUUCUGCAAGUACGCUGUACAUGACCCCCGCCAACUCGGGGCGCGUCCACGGACCCCAAAACCACAGGGGGAGGGGGCCGGGUCUCAUAUCCAGGCUUUCCAGGCAAUUCCAAUGCACCAAAGCUCCAGAUCGCCCCCCAGCUGGGAGCGGCUUCUGAGGGGAGACCAUCAUCCCCAAGUGAAACACAGGGUCCCUUAUCAAGGUCAUUUCCAACACAUACCUGGACGCAGACCCAGAGGAGCAAGGGAGCCUUUGGUUAGUAUCUAUGUCCCGGAAGGAAGGAGGGAGCGAUUCUGGUGUCUCCCGGAGCUUUUUGGUUCGGUGGAGACGUCUGCUCUCUCUCACCAUCAGGACGUGGUUUGCCAGGACAGAGCCGGGGUCCCCAGCCCGCGGGGGACCAGAGCCCCCACACUGAGUACGCCGGGGAAGCUGGGCACCAGCAUCUGUGGGAGCUGGUCCGGAGGCAGCACCGGGGUCGCGAGGAGAGCAUGGAGCCCUCCCUGGCAGCCUGCCCUUGCUGUGGGGCCUGGGAGGCCUGAUGAGCUUUAACUAGAACCUCCUGGGCCUUUCCACCACCUGGCACCUGCAGGUGAGCUGGGCUGACUUUCCAGCGCCCAUGGUUUCCCUCAUUGUGAAAGUGUCCUCGCCGCGGUGACCUACUGGCAGGGCUGCGGGGAGACCCCUCCAUGCCGCUGGGACCCCAGUGGACCUCCAUUCUGGCCACACGUGAGAGUCCCCUGGGCAGGUCUGGAACCUGUGGCUUCUGUCCACUUGGGCCUGAGCCGAUUCCCCGGGGAUUUCUGUGGCUCGAGGAUGGUCACGCAGGGGUCGCCCCCUGGUCUCAGGGGCUCUCUCGGGAGCCUCUGGUCGCUGCCAGUCCUGCCUUUGAAUGCUCUCCGCCCCUCGGGGAUGGGGCCACCAAAGGGGAGGGGCCCUGGCCCCAGAAAAGCCUUCCCUCAGGUCCCGCUGAGAAGACUUUAUCAAGGGACCAAGCCAGUAACAGAUCAUGCUCCACAUUUGAGAGGCUCCCACAAGGAGAGGGGGCCCGGUGGGGGGGGUUUCAGAUAAAGGCAGGGACCAGGUGUCCCAGGGGAGGGGACACCAGAGACUAGAGCCUCAGUGUGAAGCUCCCUGGCAGGCCCCCUUCAUCUGCCCUUGGGUUUGGGGUCCUUCCUGCCGGGAUGGGGGUGGACAGGCUUCAAGUGCGCUGCCCAGACAAGCCUGACCUUGAGGAAGGUCAGCCUGGUUCUAGCCUCACGAAUGGAUCCGGAAUGGCCAAGCAAUUCCACCACUUCCUGGGAGCUUUCUUGCAGGGACCCGAUUCGCUUCUGGGCCUCUCCUUGGAAGGGGGGGAAAGCCAGGGACCGACUGAGGGACCCUGGGUGGGUGGGGUUUGGGCCAAGGCCAGGCAGUGAGGCUCAGAGCAGCACCAGCCGGCUCUCCCGGGCCUGUGCUAGGGUGGGAAAAAGAGCUGCGUCGGAGGGGACUUGCCCCAAGAUCUCCAGGCACAGGGGAGACAAGGCAGGCACAGUGUCAGCCCAGCAGACCAGACAGAGAGACUGUCCUGUCUUCAGGGCCCCAGCCCCCCUGCUGCAGAAAUGGGCAGCGGACCCUGCAGGGCGUGGGCUCUUAAAGCCUGAGGCAUUCUGGGCUGGGACCUGCUUGUCAAGGUCUGGAGCGGGUGACUGGGCAGGGACUUUCUGGCGGCAGCCCGGGCCUGCAGGCUCCCCAGGACCCCUGCUCUGGCCCCACAUCCUGCAGGUAGGGAGGAACCCAUGUUCUUAUCUGUGCGAGGCCACCCUGGGACAUGGGGUGGGGGUGCUGCCUGAGGCCCCUCUACAGCCCAGAGGGACGCCUGUUUCCAGGCACAGGGCACGAGGUGCUGUGGGGUGCAGGGAUUUGGAAAUUGACCUGCUGGCUGUGCCGGGACCUGGAUGGACGCUCAGGGGACAUGGCGGAGCGUCCCUUUGCAUGAGCUGGCCGGAAUACGAGCCACUGGGCCAGGGAAAGAGGCGCCAAGGGGGGAGGCCCAGACCCGGGGCUGCUCCGGGGCUGGCUGCACCUCUGCCCUGGAGCCCAGGUCCCCCCCCAUCAGUCCCCAGGGGCCCCCCACACCUCACCCCGCUCGGGCAUAGGAAGCUUGGCAGCACAAGAGCAGCCCCUGGGCAGCAGCAGCGGAGACAGAGGAUGGGGCAGGGAGGGGGGUCCCGGGGCAGGUGCGGAGCGCCCCCUCCCCACUCCAGCUUUGACGUCUGGGAGCGAUUGGAGCCCCAAAGCCAGGGCGGGCAGUCUGGUGGCAUCUGCCUUCCACGCUGUGUCCGAAGCAGGCCACGUCCUCUGUGCUGAGUGCGGUGUAAAGGAAGGAGCGCUGGGCGGGGCCCCUGACCUUGUCCAGAAAUGCCCCCCUCGCUGGUGGUGACCCAGCAGGAAGUCGUGCUGCAGGAAACACUCCUUCCCGCCAGGCUCCCUGGAGGAAAGCAGCGGCUCUCUCCGUGUCUUAUCUUAGAGGCCGAGGUCGAGGGAGAUGGCCAAGUGGGGACACGUGUGGGGAGGGUCCAGGUCUGCUGCUGGAGCUACUGUCCAUGGGGCGGCUUGUCCGGAGCGGGGGCGUGGUGAGUGGCAGACACACUGAAACCCAUAGCAGUACCGGGACUCUGGUAGCGUAGGAUUCUGCAAAACGCAGUUAUUUUUGUUUAGUAUCAUAUUUUGUUCUCACCUCAG